CAGUCUUGUUUGAAUAGCGGCACGAGUCUGCGACAAGUCGCGGAACAGCAAGUGCAGUAGGAACAUUAAUUAAAUAAAAACUUUGCAAGUGCGGCUGCAUCAAUAUUGCAAAGUAUUCAAAGCAAAAUGAGUGUUCAGGCUGUAAGCAUACUAAUAAUAAUAAUCAGCUGUCUGAGUGGCCCAGUCAUUCAAGCAAAUGCCCAACAAGGAUACGGGUAUGAUUCCCAGGAGAGUUUCGAACAAGAGGUGCUUAAGGCCCACAAUGCCCACAGAGCUCAGCACAAUGCGCCUCCAUUAGAGCUAGACGGCAGUCUUAACAAAUUGGCCACCAACUGGGCUCAGCAUCUGCUAGCCAACAAUCGCAUGGAACAUCGCCAAAACAGCGGAUAUGGAGAGAACAUCUACAUGGCUUCGGGUGGUAAUUUGGGAGGCGCAGAUGCAGUUGACUCCUGGUAUAAUGAGAUCAAUGACUACAAUUGGCGUUCCCCUUCGUUCCAAAUGAACACAGGCCACUUUACUCAGGUGGUUUGGAAAUCGUCCAAACGGCUAGGCGUAGGAUUUGCUCGACGUGGCAACACCAUUUACGUUGUGUGCAACUAUGAUCCACCAGGCAACUAUAAUAAUAUGUACCGUGAGAACGUCAGCCCCCCAUCAAAUUGAUGACUCAUAUCGAAGCUCUUCAAACCAAUUAUUUUAUAAACCUUUUUAAAUACGAUUGCUCAACAUAAGCUUGUACUUAUUAUAAUAAACCUAGCUAACUGAAACAAACAAAAAAAAUACGUAACAUGUGUAGAAA